AUGGAGAUUGCUAAAUCAAACAUGAAUGGCCAUCAAAAUGUCAUCGUGAUGCGCCACGGUGAUAGACUCGACCAUUGCCAGCCACUCUGGGUUUCAACCGCUGAGAGACCGUGGGAUCCUCCGCUCGUUCACGACGGUAAGGUUCGAGCCUUUCAAACCGGUCAAAGAAUCCGAUCUCAAGUUGGGUUUCCUAUUCACCGUGUCAUUGUUUCUCCAUUCCUCCGCUGCAUCCAGACCGCUGCUGAAGUCAUCGCUGGUCUCUCAGCCGUUGAUCUCGAUCACAACGCUAUGUCUUCUAAAGACAUGCCUUCCAUCGAUAACUCUAAGUUCAAGGUAGUUAUUGAAUUUGGAUUGUGUGAGAUGCUGAACACAACGGCUAUUAAGAGUGAGGUUGCUCCCGAAGAUGGGAAGUUUGAAUUCAAGAUUUCAGAUCUACAAGCUAUGUUUCCUGAGGGAACAUUUGACAUUAAUGUCGAUAUGGCUUAUAAAGAGUUGCCACAAUGGGGAGAAUCUGCGGAAGGCUUUAGAGAACGAUAUGUUAAUACAUUGAAGGUUCUUGCAGACAAGUAUCCUUCUGAUAAUUUGUUAUUAGUCACUCAUUGGGCAGGAGUCGGUACUAUACUUAACAAAUACUUCAAAGAUGCAACUAAGUACAUAGUAACCUACUGCGGUUCAGUUGAACUGAGAAGGCAGGUUUUGAAAAAUAAUGAAUCUGAGGAAUUUGAGGUGGUUACUAGUCAUGGUGUAGCUUUCAAGGACAACAAAGUCCCAAUCCAUGGUGUUAUUUUUACCUAA